AUGCACGCAGGGCAACCACCACAAAGGCCGCCAAGUCUUGGACCCAAUCCUGCGCUUGGAGGACCUUUCCGCACGCCAUUUCCGCAAUACGGAAUACCGCCACGAAACGUUAUGCCUGGAUAUCCAGCUUUGCCAAAUCAUCGGCCGGCACAGAACGUAGUGCCUCAGCCGUCGCCAAAUUAUAUCCAGCAGCGAGGACAAAGUGGUUUCCCUUUUGUUGGCGGCUUACAGCAACAGCAACAAUCACAACAAACUUCAUCUCAACAUACAUCCCAGACCCCUCUGGCGCAUACAUCGCAUCAGCAGCAGCAACCCCAGAACCAGCAAGCAGCGACGACUCCUGGUCUCCCCCCACAUCUAGCGCAAAAUUCUGUGCCAAGUCUAGGGACGGCCCCUUCAGUGUCGUCUGCCAGCGAAGCUGGCCUUGAUCUCAACGACUUCCCUGCUCUGGGCUCGACGCCAACCAGCAUAACGACGCCGUCAACUACGAAUGCUACGAGCUAUGCGAGCCAGGCAGGUACAGGGGCAGGGACUGUUGGGAACGGGACGUCGAGUAAUCAGAGCGGGCAGAGGGACUUCACAGCGGAUGAUUUUCCUGCACUCGGCGGGUCAACACAAAUCACGCAGCAACAACCCGCGCAAACGCCUCAGAACGCAGAUAGCCAUCCGCCAGGCUUGAACGGCUUCCAGCAGCAGAGUAACGAGCAGCAUCGACAGAACCUGUUGGGAUCGUUGGCAGGGAGCGGGCAGCAGCAACCAGGGGUGCUGAACUUGGGCCAGGCGAGGAGUCCAGGGAGCUUCCAGUCGGAAGCCGAGAAGCGGAAUUACGCGCUUAAGCUCAACAAUCAGAGCAAUCUCGCUUGGACUUCUCCCAACGCGAACCCCAGUCAGCAGCAGGCUAACAGCUUCCCUCCGUCGCAGAACGGCACACGCCCGAAUCACGUACAGUCGACACAGCCACCUGGCGGGCAACCGCAACAGCCACAACAACAACAUAUCUCUGCACUACCAGGUCUCCCACUGCCAGCGUCGUUCUCUCAGCAACAGCCACCACAGCAGCAGCAGGGACAGACACCUGGAGUCCCGCUACAUACGCCCUAUAUAGGAAACGGCACCGUGGCGGGAGAUACACCCCUACACCCCUCGCAGAGUUCGGCACAAGUAUCGGGGACGGCAGUACCACAGACACCGGCGCAGCAGGUGCUCAUGUCGCCGGCAGACAGAUGGGGCCUCCUUGGGCUUCUGGCCAUGAUUAAGAGCGCAGAUCUUGACACGAGUUUGCUCUCGGUGGGAACGGAUUUGGGUACAAUGGGGCUGGACAUGCAGACACCGGGAAGUUUGUACUCAACAUUCAUCACUCCCUGGGCGGACUCAUCAGCAGCACAUACCGUAGAACCCGACUUCCACCUCCCGACGUGCUAUAAUGUGGCCCCGCCUCCCCCUGGUCCAGCCAAGGCGGCCGCGUUCAGCGACGAGACACUCUUCUUCAUGUUCUAUGCAUCGCCAAGAGAUGCCCUCCAGGAGAUCGCUGCACAAGAGCUAUGGAACAGGAAUUGGAGAUACCACAAGGAGCUCCGUCUGUGGAUCACCAAGGAGACCGGUACACCAUCCUCUGCGAAGAUCCCCGGCGGCGAGCAGGGCACGUACUCGUAUUGGGACCCCGAGAACUGGGAGAAGGCCCGCAAGGAGAUGACGGUUGUCUACACCGACCUCGAGGAGAAGAGCACACCCGUGUUCGCGCCUGGCCAGACGCUCCAGCUCGCCCAGUCGCCGUCUGCGCAGACGCAGCAGCACCAGCCGCAGGCCAUGGUCGCGAGCGGUCGCGUCGGCUUCCAGGGCUUGGGCGUGGCGGCGAUGUGA